GUCCAGGAUGGGGACCACAUCUGUCUGGGCCUCAGGCCUCCUGAUGCUCCAGAUGCUGCUGUUUGUGGCUGGAGAACAGAGCACACAGGACUCCACUGCUCCUGCCUCCACCAACAUUGACAAGGGGCUCCACAUGCAGAAGGUGGGGUCAGGGUUGGUCCGGGCUGCACUGGCAGAGCUGGUAGCCCUGCCCUGUCUCUUCACCCUGCGGUCAUGGCCGGGUGCAGCCCGAGAAGCCCCUCGGAUCAAGUGGACCAAGGUGCGGACUGCAUCGGGCCAGCGACAGGACUUGCCCAUCCUUGUGGCCAAGGACAAUGUGGUUCGAGUGGCCAAGGGCUGGCAGGGACGCGUGUCACUGCCUGCCUACCCCCGGCACCGGGCCAAUGCAACACUGCUCCUGGGACCCCUGAGGGCCAGCGACUCUGGGCUUUACCGCUGCCAGGUGGUGAGGGGCAUCGAGGAUGAGCAGGACCUGGUGCCCCUGGAGGUGACAGGUGUUGUGUUCCACUACCGGGCAGCUCAGGAUCGCUAUGCACUGACCUUUGCAGAGGCCCAGGAGGCCUGCCGUCUCAGCUCAGCCACCAUUGCAGCCCCACGGCACCUGCAGGCUGCCUUUGAAGACGGCUUUGACAACUGUGAUGCCGGAUGGCUCUCUGACCGCACUGUUCGGUAUCCUAUCACCCAGUCCCGUCCUGGUUGCUAUGGUGACCGUAGCAGCCUUCCAGGGGUGAGGAGCUAUGGGAGGCGCGACCCACGGGAACUCUACGAUGUGUAUUGCUUUGCCCGUGAGCUGGGGGGCGAGGUCUUCUAUGUGGGCCCGGCCCGCCGCCUGACUCUGGCCGGCGCGCGUGCCCAGUGCCGCCGCCAGGGCGCCGCGCUAGCCUCGGUGGGACAGCUGCACUUGGCCUGGCACGAGGGCCUGGACCAGUGCGACCCGGGCUGGCUGGCCGACGGCAGCGUGCGCUACCCGAUCCAGACGCCGCGCCGGCGCUGCGGGGGCUCAGCCCCGGGCGUGCGCACCGUCUACCGCUUCGCCAACCGCACCGGCUUCCCGGCGCCCGGAGCGCGCUUCGAUGCCUACUGCUUCCGAGCUCAUCACCCGACACCACAUCAACAUGGAGACCCAGAGACCCCCUCAUCUGGGGAUGAGGGGGAGAUCCUGUCAGCAGAAGGGCCCCCAGCCCAAGAACUGGAGCCGAGCACUGGGGAGGAGAUGGUCACCCCUGACUUGCAGGAGCCUCUAGUGUCCAGUGGGGAGGAAGAGCCUAUGAUCUUGGCAGAGAAGCAGCAGUCUUGGGAGACCCCCAGCCCUGCCCCUGGAGGCUUCACGCUAGCCUCAAGGCCCUCCCUGGAGGCUGAAGAGGCAUGGCUGAGCCCAGCGGCCCCCAGCCCCAGCAGCCCUAGCACUGCAGUGGGCACACACACGGAGGCAACUCCAACUGGCCCCAUACCCAGGAAGAGGGGACGCUUUAAAGGAUUGAAUGGGCGACACUUCCAGCAGCAGGAACCCCAGCAAGGCCUGGAGACGGGGCUUGAGGCCAGCACCCAGCCCCCGACCCCAGAGGCUCCUGGGAAUCACGUGGAGCCUCUGCUGGCCACUGGAGCCACAGAUGCCUCAGGGACUAGCCUGAGCCAAAGCCCCUGGGCUGUGCUGACCAAUGAGGUGGAUGUGCCUGAGGCUGGUUCCCCUGGUGGCAGGAGCCCUCCAGAGUCCUGGCUGUGGCCCCCAACCGUGGUCCCACCUAGCGUCCCAGGCCCCAGCAGGGUCCUUGGCCUGGAACCUGAGGAAGCCAAGGGCCCCAGUGUGAGGCCAGCCACUCCUGACCUGCCCUGGUCCCCCUCAGAGGGCACUGCCCUGGCACCCAGCCCCUCAGAGGGCCCCAGCUCUGCUUCCUGGGAGGUAGCUCCCAUGGUCUCUUCCCCAGACCUCCCUGUCAUGGCCAUGCUUCGUGCCCCAAAACUGUGGCUUCAGCCACACCCUACGCCCCUCCCCACGCAGGCCGACAGGAUCGAGGGGCAUAGUGAGGCCAUGGCCACUAUCUCACCCUCUCCUGCCUCAGAGACUGAGGCUAUCCCCCAGGACCCCAUCCAUCCAGAGGUGCAUUCCUUGUUGCUCUCCUCAGUCCCAACAGGACAGGGUAGAGAGGCCACUGGACCCAGUCCUGACUCUCCCAGGGCAGACUUUGAAGAAAUUGGGGGGACCAGCCCUACUGGGCUCAGCAAAGAUGAGCUCCCCAGUUCCACUCCACAAGCUUCUGUGGACAGGAAUGUGGAAGAUUUCGCCCCCACUGAGACAGCCAUUGAGCCCCCAGGAGUGAGAGACAUCUCGAGGUCUGACUCUCAGGCCACCAUGGACGAGGCACAGGGCACGUGGCCCUCACUGCACAGUGAGGGGUUGGACUCUCUCCCCACAUCUGCACCCUCGGGGGUCCCCAGAGUCUUCUUGAUUCCUGGGGUCACCCCGAGUUUGGAACCUUGGGCUGCUAUAAAUGGAGAAGCCAUGUUGGGGCCCACGGAUUCCACAGCCACCCUGGAUCCCAGUGAUGCUGGUAGGAUUUGGGAACCUGGAUCCCAUGUGGUUGAGGGAGCCGAAAGCCCCCCAACCUUGAGCCCUCAAAUGGCUGUGAAUUCGAGCGUGGCAAUGUCCCUUUCGUCCCCGGACCCGGGGGACAAGGUUGGGGUCCUGGCUGUGUCCACAAUGGCCUCCUCAAGCUCCCAACCCCAUCCAGGGCCGGAGGGCCAGGUGGUGACCCAGGGAACACUGGGAGACUUGGCCCCUUCACAUGAGGGCAGUCCCCCAGGGGAGCCUGGUUUUCCUCCUUGGACACCGAAAGCAGCUGGCAUGGACAAACCUGUCUCAGUUUCCUCAGGAGAGCCUACAAUGCCGGGGGACACCCCCAGCACCCAUCCGCCUGCCUCCCUGGACCCAGAGGAGUUUGAGCUAGAGGUCCUGGCAGGGAGCCCAGAUGUGGAGGGCUUCUGGGAGGAGACAGCAAGCGGAGAAGAGCCGACCCUACCAGGGAUCCCUGGAAACAGGAGUGCAGAGGAGGCCCCCUUGGAUCCAUGCGAGAACAACCCUUGCCUGCAUGGCGGUACCUGUAAAGCCAAUGGCACCAUGUAUGGCUGUAGCUGUGACCAGGGCUUCACUGGGGAGAACUGUGAGAUCGAUAUUGAUGACUGUGUCUCCAGCCCCUGUGAAAAUGGAGGCACCUGCAUUGACGAGGUCAACACAUUCGUCUGUCUUUGCCUCCCCAGCUAUGGGGGCAGCCUCUGCGAGAAAGACACAGAGGGCUGUGACCAUGGCUGGCACAAGUUCCAGGGCCACUGCUACCGCUAUUUUGCCCAUCGACGGGCAUGGGAGGACGCCGAGAGGGACUGCCGCCGCCGAGCUGGCCACCUGACCAGCAUCCACUCGCCUGAGGAGCACAGCUUCAUUAACAGCUUUGGGCGUGAAAACACCUGGAUCGGCCUGAAUGACAGGAUCGUGGAGAGGGAUUUCCAGUGGACGGACAACACAGGGCUGCAAUAUGAGAACUGGCGGGAGAAUCAGCCUGACAAUUUCUUCGCGGGUGGGGAGGACUGUGUGGUGAUGGUUGCACAUGAGAGCGGCCGUUGGAACGAUGUUCCCUGCAACUACAACCUCCCGUAUGUCUGUAAGAAGGGGACAGUGCUGUGUGGCCCCCCUCCAGCAGUGCAGAAUGCCUCACCCAUUGGUGCUCGCAAGACCAAGUAUAAUGUCCAUGCCACUGUACGAUACCAGUGUGAUGAAGGAUUUACCCAACACCAUGUGGCCAUCAUCCGAUGCCGGAGCAAUGGCAAGUGGGACCAGCCCCAGAUCGUCUGCACCAAACCCAGACGAUCCCAUCGGAUGCGGCGUCACCAUCACCACCACCAGCACCAUCACCAGCAUCACCACCACAAAUCACGCAAGGAGCGUAGAAAACACAAGAAACACCCAGUAGAGGACUGGGAGAAGGAAGAAGGGAAUUUCUGCUGAAGAACCAGGCAAAAGGAAGCACAACCCCCUUCCCACACCUUCUCUGGAGCCUUCACCUGGGGAGACAGAACCCAGAGAAAAACAAAAGGGUCUGGAAGCCCCCUGAGCCCCAAACCACAUCCCCCAUCCAUAACCCUUUGUAAAAAGCUCCUCUCUCCUCUUUCUUAUAUACACAAGGUCCUCUUGGCAGGCAUAGCCAUGUGUCUGAAAAGUCAGUUCUAGUCAGGCUGAACUCUGGGAGCAUCUCCCAGUGAAGGGAAAGCACAAUUGGCAAAGAUCAUUCUUUGCACUGGUUAAGACUUUUGUUGGCAUGGCUGAUCACCAAUUGUUGAAAUAAGGCUUUGAUGAGGGUGCAAGAGUGCAUGCUUGGAUUCACACUAAGGAAUUGCUUAUCACACCAGAAAUUCAGGCUUAGUAAACCAUCAGUUGUCCUAAAUGCAGGCUGAAGCUUUUAGUUAAGGUCGUUGGUUUUGGAAGUUGAAAAUUACAUGGAAGCACACCGCUUGAACAUGACAGCUGCUCUUCCUUCACCCUGGACUUCAGCCCAAGUUCCGUCUUUGGUCUUGGUGGAUAGACGGAGUGUGGAACUCCUAUGUACUGAAUUUUAGGAAUGUUUUAGAACAACCUCCUUCUGUGCCCUCAGAGUUAGGGAUCAGAGUAGUCAGAGCAAUAUAUGGGCAAUGGAGGGAAGGUGUAUUGCUUACCCUCCCAGGUCCUAGUCCAGUGCUGAGAUUUGGUGGUUCUGUAUGUGUGGUGAGUCUCUCUCACACACACAGAUGAGAGGAUGUUUAGGGCUGGAUGAGCCCAGAUUACUUCCCCCUCCAUCUCUCAGGGAGACAAAGAACCUCCUUCCUGGAACCAAGGAGGUGCCAAGUUUUCUAGCUCAGUACUCAUCCCCAUCCCUCAAAGAGACGUUGGUAGUGCCCCUGCCCUGGGUCCCACUCCUACUCCUGCCCCAUUCCCGUCUCCAUUCAUUACCUGGCGGACUAGAAACGCUUAAAACUUGAAGUAGUGACAUCGACCUGCGGUCAUGUUGUAGAGAAAUGCACAGUGUUAAAUCCGAAACACACACACACACACACACACACACAUUUUUCUCUCAUCAUUUUUUAAAAAUCUUUUAAAUGGGAAAGAACUGACUAAAUCUCUUCCCCCAAAUCUGCAACCUGUAAAAGAACUUUCCAAGCCAAAGGCUGGGAUUCAGCUCCCUGAUCUCCAGCAGGAAAAACCCACAGCUUAUCCUCCAUGUUUUGUCCACUCUCAUCUCCUCUACUCUGGGCAAAAUCUGUGGAUUUGUGUUAAAAACUACAAUGGGGAAUGGCCCUCUGCAUGAUAGAAAAAUAAACAAACAUGUGGUCCCAGGGUUCAGUAGAAAAUGAAAUGUGUUCAUUGAGUCUAUAUUCCUCCUGGGAAGUAAUAAUAGUUGACAACUAUGGAGUCUAUACUGUGCUAUGGAUUCACACACUAUCUCCUUGAAUCUUCUCAAUAGCCCAGUGAUUUUGGAAUCAUUACUUCCCCAUUUUACACAUAGCAAAACUGAGGCUCAGAUAAGAGAAAGGCACUGGUUCGAAGUCACAGCCAAGACAGGAGCAAGGAUUUGGUCCUGCCUCUGUGACUUCAAACGUUGCUCUUUACUUUGGGGGAAGGGGUUGAAACAUAAUGGCACUCUCUCAUGUACACAGGCAGAUCUAGGAAAGGAUUGAGAAGUGCAAACUAGACCCAUAUCCUUGACUGUGGUCAUCAGUCUUCCCUGCUAUAGACAUUAUCCACUGUUCCACCUUAUAGUUAUAGAGUAAGCCCAGGGAUGUACAUUUGUCUUCUUGCUUUGAUAAUUUCUUUUGAUUUAAAAAAUACAAUAACAUAUCUUCAGUAAUUCAUGUCAUAAAAUAAUUUUCCUUUGGGGGUGGUGCUGGGGAUGCAACUUUUUUGGGGGGAGUGGUCUUGGUUUGUGCUCCCUGCCCUUGGCUCCCUUAGUCCCUUACUCUGCUUCCACCCCAGCUCCAUGGUGGGAGGGGCUCUGGUCUUUUCUAAAGUGGGUGGUUUGUCUUUUAGUCUUUCCCUUUGGGAUGUGCGUGUGUGUUUGCGUGUGCCGCUUGUGUGGCAUGCGUGUGAGUGUGUGUGCGUGUGAACAGCUUCGGGUUCUGCUGGUUUUGCUGUGAGCUGCAGUGUUCUGUGGGUCUGUGGUAUCUGACACUGUGGAAAUUAAUGUACUUCUUGGACAUUUUAAUAAAA